UAGGGAUCAGUAAGAUCAGUUAUAAAAACCGUCUCGAUAGGUAUAUAAGUUCACAACAUUGUCAACUGAAUUUGAGUUAGUUUACACAAUUUUCUAUUUUUUGUGUAAUAUUUAAAAAAAAUAACAAGACAGGCAAAUGGGGUUAAUUAACAUGAAUUUCACUUUUCUCCUUUGUGUUGUAAUACUUUUUACAACAUGUCAGUCUUAUAGCUUUAACCCACCAGCAGUGAUUGGAAUGCCUAGUGAAAUUGAAUGUAUUCAACCGUUUUUAAAGGAAUUCUCUAAUCAAUUAUAUGAGAUUGCAUCAGAAAACAAAGCAGAAAAUAUCGUCACUUCUCCACUGAAUAUAUAUUUUGCUUUAAAUGCACUUACUUUUGGUGCACGUAAAAAUACUGCUAAAGAAUUGAGAGAUUCUUUAAAAUUAUCAAAUCAUACUCAUUGCAAGAACUCAUAUUCACGACUACUGUAUUUUCUAGAAUAUACCUGGGGAGAAGGGGGCCCACUUACGAUUAAAUCUUUAAAUAAAUUAUACAUCAGUGAUAAAUAUAGUAUUAAUUCAGAAUUUCGAAAUUCAUUAAAUAAUGAUUAUCUCAUAAAACCAUUAAGGGAAGUAGAGAAUGUUAAUUUUUCAAAUUUAAAUAAUACUGCCAAUUCCAUCAACAAAUGGUUUGCAAAUGAAACCAAUGAUGCAGUUCAAGAAUUCGUGAAAACUGAUGAUUUAAAUAAUGUUGAUAGUAUGUUGCUGGUUAAUUAUAUCCAAUUUAAAGGUGUUUGGGAUGGAUAUUUUGAAAAAGAUAGAACAGUUGAUUCUACAUUUUACACAACUGGAAAAAAUUAUUCAAUGAAAAUGAUGCGUAGAGUAUCAAUUUUUUCUUAUGGAACACUGAAAAAUUUAAAUGCUACUUUCAUUGAAAUUCCUUAUACGAAUGCUGAUCAUAUAUUGCUUAUAAUUCUUCCUAAUUCAAUUGACGGUCUCGAGGAAUUGGAAAGAAAAUUAAAAUCAACAACUAUCGAAGAAAUCCGUACCAAAGGAGUAUAUUAUAUGGUUGAUUUAAAUCUACCUAAAUUUAAAAUUGAAAAUACUGUUGAAAUAAAGGAUGUUUUACAAAAAAUGGGAAUGAAUGAAAUGUUUAAUGAUUCAGCCAAUUUCAAUGGAAUUUCAAAUUCGACUAUUUUUAUGAAUAAAGUUAUUGACAAAACUGUUAUUGAAGUAGACGAAGGAGCUGACCUCCCCAGUUUUUAUAGACCUGGAGGACGACUUCCUAAAUCAGAUAGAACUUUUACCGCUAAUCAUCCUUUCCAUUUUAAAAUAAUAAAACCUGGAAGUAGAAGUGGUAUCGAACUUUUUGCUGGAAAUUGCAAAAAAUUCUAGUCUAUAUAAUAGAAGAAUAAAAAAUAAAAAUUUUUCUUAAAAUUAUUGUAUAUAAAUUAUGAUUGCCCGCAAUAAAAAAUUGUUCAUCGUCAGCGAAUAAUAAUAUUUAAUUAUAAUAUAAUUGAUACAUCAAUUAAUAUAAUUAUUAAUUCGAUUAGAUGAUUUAUGAAUAAUCACACACUGAAGAAAAAAAUUAUGUAAUAUUUAUUUGAUCC